AUGUUGCGGACCGGUAUCCUGUAUAUUCCAGCCGUAGUGGCGUUCUUCUAUUGGAAUAAUUUGCUAUGGUUUUACGUUUUCUGCGUGCUAACCAUAUCCUGCUUCUUUGUGGGAUGUUUGAUCGUCACGUUCAUAAACAUAGUUCUUUCGCCGAAACACGCAACUGCAUCAACGACUUUAAAAACAAUCGCUGAACUGGAUGCCUUUCACAAUUUGUUGAUGAACGGAUAUGUAGUUAAAGCUGGAAAUAGCAAGAAGCAUAUCAGAUAUCCGUUGGUCUUUACUCGCAUGGUGGACGGAGCUUUGCAGAAUUUGCUGGAUUUAAUUUUUCAAGACUUCGUUGGCGUUUGGCUGGACGAAUUAGCUUUUAAUUCAGAACAGAUAAUUAACAAUAUGAAGCAAGAUACAUGGGGAGCAAUUCAAACUCUCCACGACCGUUUGUCAAAAGUAGACCACACAAAACUGGUAGUUUGUAGUAUAGUAAAUAAAAUUACAUUUCACUUUGAGAAGAUUAGGCUUGCUCAAACUGCUUCGAUUUUACAUAGGAUACAGGGUGAAGAUCCAGUAUUUAUUUUAUCUACACAUUUAAUGUCACCUGCAGCUGAGUUAGACUAUUUGAAAAAAGUUAGCGAAUUAUGUAUCUUGUUUUUGUUACCGCCUUGUUAUUCACUUGCACCAAUGAAAUAUUUAUUGAGAGAAAUUCUCGCGUGUAAAAUACUAAAACCUGCAAUAGACUUAAUAACAAAUCCGGACUAUAUUAACCAGAAGAUUUUAUCAUAUAUUGAUCAACAACAGCUUGCAGAAGCAAUGCAUCGAAAAACUUACGAGUAUGCUGAAUCAUUUGAAGAUUUUAUUCGUAUGAUUAAAAGCUCUAAGGAUUUAGAGGUUUUGAAACAUAUCAGAUACAACAUUGUUACCGAAAUCAUGCAGGCUACAACAAUACAAAAUAUUAAAAGAGCACAAGGUUUAGAUCCAGAUACUAAUGUAUUUGGAAAGUCUGAUGCUAUUCAAGCUCGAAAAUUGAAGAGAUACAUUAGUCAACUAACAUACGCUAAAAAUACAUGUGAAUGUCACAUGCAAUCGUUAGGAUGGAACGGAUAUCCUGUUCAGGUUGUAAAAAACUUUUUCUUUAAUAAACAAGUAACAACUACUAAUGAUGUUACCGAUGCAGCAAUGGUUACAGAAGGAAGCAUUUUGCCGUUACAAUAUAUUUUGGACAAUGUGAUAGGUAGACGAUACCUUUCACAAUUUCUUGAACAAGUUGCCAGCCAGGAUUUGAUUGGGUAUUGGGCAGCUGUGCAAGAGUUACGUAAUGCAGAUAAAUCUAACUGGCAUCAAUUGGGGGCUGAAAUUUUUUACACUUACAUAACGUCUUCAACUGCUGAAAUAAAAGUUGAUAGAGCUAUUCGUAAGAAAAUGGAAAGUUUUUUGUUAGGUGAUAUAGGACCUAACGUAUUUUAUGAAGUUCAAGACAGUGUUGUUAAAACUUUAGAAGAAAAGUAUUAUCCUUCGUUUGUCGUUAGCGAUCAGUACAAAAGUAUGCAAGAAGCAUUGCUUAAUGAGAGAAUAGAUGACUUGGUGGAAAAUCGACGUAUGGGGAAUGCAACAUUAUCAGAAAAUAUGUCUUUGCUUGUUGGAGAACAUUCAAAUUAUGCCCGCAGUAAAUUGGACCAACUACAGGAAAAAUUAAAUAACAAAAUGCAAGCCUUACAAGCACUAAAGUCCUCGUUGAAACCAGAGAGCAAGGUUUUAAAUUUUUUGGCCAAAGAAGUUGAAUGGUUGCAGAGUGAAAAAAAACAACUGGAAGCACAUUUAACUCAUACAGAAAUGUGGGCGGAACACUUAGGCCAUUGGAAAGCAGAAGUACAAAGUGCAGAAAUACCAGACAAUGGAGAGUCUCCACAAUUUGUUUUGGUUGUCCACAUGACAGAAGAUGAAGAUAAUAGUGAAAGUAUAUACAGUGGGUGGGUUGUACUAAGAAAAUUGCAAGAUUUUCAAGAUCUUCAUAGAAAGCUUCGCCAAUUGUGCUCCAACGUGAAAAAUUUAGAUCUACCUUCGCAACCUUUAAAAUUUUUUGGAAAAUCUGAUAAAAAUACGUUGGACAAAGCUAAAAUGCAAAUACAAAAAUAUUUAAAUUUUGUUUUAGAAGAUGAAAAAUUGAAUCAAAGCGAGGCUUUAUAUACAUUCCUCAGUCCGAGUUCGGAACAUUUAAAAUAUGCUCCUCCUUCUCCUAAAAAAUCUCGAUUUUCUCUGUCGACAUUAUUUAAAACAUCCAACAACAGCAACGAACUUCGCGAUAAAGAAGAGGAAGAGGAUUAUUCAUUGCUAUUAGAUGAUACUGAUAGUGGUCGAACAACCACGGAUGGAAUUUUGAAUGUUAAUAAAGAUGCAAUAGCCGAACCUCUUUAUACACUUUUAGGUGAAAUUUUCGAUCUACGGGGAGUAUUUCGUUGGCUUCGACGAUCGUUAAUAACCUUCGUUCAAAUUACCUAUGGUCGAACUAUAAACAGGCAAAUCAGAGAUACUAUCGCAUGGGUGUUCUCCGAACCAAUGCUUCACUAUUACAUACAAUUGUUUACGAAAUCAUGGUGGCCAAACGGUUAUUUAGUUUCUGAGACGACUUCUCGCACAGAUGAAGAAAAGUUAAAAACAAGAGGUGAAGCACGAAGACAAUUCUUAAAUAAUAUUCCUGAUGUUUUAACAAAUUUGGUAGGAGCACAAAGUGCUCAACGUGGUGCAAUAAAAAUCUUCGAUUCCUUACAAAAUGUGAAUUUAAAUAAACAAUUAUUUUACGUAAGUUAUUCUCAAUUAACAAAAUUUCUUAAUUAUAUUACAUUAAUUAUAUUUUAUUAAUUUCUUUGACUUGCAGGAUAUCUUUGAAGUUGUGAUGUAUGAAAUAUUUCCAGAAUUUAAACGAAUACAAUAA